AGUGCGCACGCGCCCGCCCCCAGCUUCGCGCCCAGAUCGUCGCCUAGCCUGCUCGCGCAGCCGCUGUCGCGUCUGCCCACCGACGAAGCAUGGGUGUCCAGGGCUUCCAAGAGUUCCUGGAGAAGCGCUGUCCCGGGGCCGUGGUGCCCGUGGACCUCCUCAAACUCGCGCGCACGGUCUCGCGCCAGCAGCAGCAGCAGCACUUGCACCGCCAGCUGCCGCCGACGGCAGCCCUAGCGCCCGGGGCUCCACGCGCCGCCAGGGGCUCCGUGCCUCUGCAACCGCCGCUUCCGCCCGCUGCCUUGGGUGCCUACUCCGGGGGCGCGGGGCCGACUCGGCACCAUCACCCCGCUCACCACUUCCACCAUCAUGGCCAGGCGCAGCCCGGGCUGCACCCUCCGCUGCCGCCGCCGCCCCCUCCGCUGCCCGGGGCCCGGGUGCUGGUGGACGCCGGCUCGGCGCUGCCGCGGCUCUAUGGCGGCUACCAGACGGAUUGGGUGUGUGGCGGCCAAUGGAACGCCAUGCUGGGCUACUUGUCAGCGCUGUGCCAGGCUUGUGCCUAUCCUGGCGGCGACGGCCUGGAGCUCGUGGUCAUGUUCCCGGGGGGCCUGGGCAAGGACCGGCUGGCCGAGUGGGGCCGUCGGUGCCAGGCCGAGCGGCAGACAGCGCAACUGAUCGUGGGACACGUGGGCAACAAGGGCACCCCUCCACCGCGGGCCUGGUUCCUGCCACCGGCCUGCCUGAGCCACUGCGUGAGGCUAGCACUCAUCCGCUUCCGGGUCAAGGUCUUUCAGAGCCUUGAAGACCACCAUUUGGAAGUGGUGGCGUUUUUCAGGGAAAAUGGCUUCCAUGGCCUUCUUGCCCAUGACUCCGAGUAUGCUCUCUACAAUAUUCCCUCUUACUACAGUUCCCAUGCUCUGAAACUGAGCUGGAAUGGGAAGAACCUCACUACCAACCAGUUCCUGAUGCAAGAAGUAGCCAAGCAGCUGGGCCUGAAGAGGAUGAAUUUCCCCAUAUUUGCUGCACUGCUAGGUAACCACAUCCUCCCAGAUGAGGACCUGGCUGCUUUUCACUGGAGCCUCUUGGGACCAGAACAUCCUCUUGCAUCACUUAAGGUUCGAGCUCAUCAGCUGGUUCUUCCUCCCUGUGACGUGGUGAUCAAGGCUGUUUCUGAGUAUGUCAGUUCCAUCAAAGAUCCCUCAAACCUGGAUGUAGUCGGGAAGGAUGUUUUCAAACAGUCUCAGUCCAGGACAGAAGAUAAAAUAGAGCGAUUCAAGAAAGCAGUUGAGUACUAUUCAGUCACAACCAAACUCUCUUCGCUGCCAGUGGGUACGUCCUUUCUAGGUUUUCGGAAUAAUAGGCUUGGAAAUCCUCCCCUUCCACGAAAUCAAGUGGGCACCAUUUCUGCUGGAAAGCCAAUGUUUUCUCAUCAAGUGCCCCAGAAAGUGAAAUAUCCACCACCAUUCCCAGUGGGACCCAACUCAUCUCUUCUCUUCUCCUCCCAUGCUUUGGGAGAAUCCCAUGCUUUUUCUGAGGAUCCCAUGCUGCAGAACAGCCCCUUUGCCAAUUGGGCUGUCUCCUAUGACUCUUCUGCAUCCCAGUUUCCCAAUUACCUGCCUUCUAAAGCCUCACCUCCUUUGGGACCAGACUCUUCCCACUCCUCUUCCUCUGAUGGUGAUGAGCCAAAUGGAGCUAGCUCUGAUCAUAUCACAGAAGCAUUUCAGCACCAGCCUGAGUGGGGAAAUCCCAAUCGUGACAGAGGGUCCUGGGCACAGCCUGUUGAUACUGGAGUUUCAGAAGCGAGCCUAGGUGAUGGUGAGCCCCACAUCCCAUCUCUGCUGUCUAUGUCUACGAGGAACCACAUGGAUAUCACCAUUCCACCCUUACCUCCAGUAGCUCCGGAAGUCUUGAGAGUUGCUGAACACAGACACCGGAGGGGUCUUAUGUACCCAUAUAUCUACCACGUCCUCACUAAGGGUGAAAUUAAGAUCCCCGUAUGUAUUGAGGAUGAGUGUAACAUGGAGCUGCCUCCAGCUGCUCUCUUAUUCCGGUCAGCUCGUCAAUAUGUAUAUGGAGUUCUUUUUAGUCUGGCAGAGACACAGAGGAAAAUGGAACGCUUGGCCAUGCGACGGCGGCUGCCUGUGGAAGUUCCUUCAGUGAUCCUUAAAGAGUGGUCUGCCUAUAAAGGGAAGUCACCUCAAACCCCUGAGCUGGUGUCUGCACUGACAUUUCGGGAAUGGACUUGCCCAAACCUCAAGAAGCUCUGGCUAGGCAAAGCAGUUGAAGACAAGAACAGAAGGAUGCGGGCCUUCCUGGCCUGUAUGAAGUCGGACACGCCCAGUAUGCUCAAUCCAGCUAAUGUCCCCACCCAUCUGCUGCUCAUGUGUUGUGUACUCCGGUACAUGGUUCAGUGGCCUGGUGGCCGAAUCCUGCAUCGCCAUGAGCUAGACACCUUCCUUGCACAGGCAGUGUCUACCCAGCUUUAUGAACCAGAUCGACUCCAAGAACUCAAGAUUGAGAAACUGGAUGCCCGAGGGAUCCAGCUUGCUGCCCUCUUCAUGAGUGGAGUCGACACAGCUCUGUUUGCUAAUGAUGCCUGUGGCCAGCCAGUCCCUUGGGAGCAUUGCUGUCCAUGGAUUUACUUUGAUGGCAAGCUGUUCCAGAGCAAGCUAAUUAAAGCAGGCCGAGAGCGAGUAUCUCUGGUUGAGCUCUGUGAUGGCCAGGCUGACCUGGCAACCAAAGUGGAAAAGAUGAGACAGAGCAUCCUUGAAGGAGUCAACAUGAAUCAUCCACCGCCUUCUGCUCUACUUCCGUCACCUACUUUUGUGCCUCCCAUGGUGCCCUCUCUCUACCCUGUUUCACUUUAUUCCCGAGCUAUGGGCUCCAUGCCACUUCCCCCUCAAGGGAGGAGCCGGGGAUUUGCAGGUCUGCAUCCAAUCCCACCCCAAGGAGGAAAACUGGAGAUUGCUGGAAUGGUUGUGGGCCAAUGGGCUGGCAGCAGAUCUUCCAGGGGCCGAGGAUCCUUCGGCAUGCAAGUGGUUUCUGUCGGUGGGCCAGGAAAGGGGCAUGGAAAAGAACAGACUGGUAGAGGAUCCAAGGGACACAAAAAAGGAAAUAAGCAAGGCUCUUCAGAUGGAGUUUCUAAAUCCCUGGAGCUUCAUCAAGGUCGGUCUCGCUCCCAGGUAAAUGGAAACAGUGGCGCAUUGAUCAAGGAAGAGAAGAGUGAUCAUCGUCUUCCAGCUCCAUCACAAUGUGCCUUAUCCAGAGACAGCAAUGAGUGUAAUAAUGGUAACCGCUACCUCCCUAUGAAUAAUAGGGAGAAGAACCACUUACAAGAGCAAAAGCUAGAAACUGUGGCACAACGGAAAGAGGACUGACAAGCUGAAGAUGGCUUCACCAAACCAGGAAGAGGGAAAAACUUUUACUUUUCUGAUUUUAGGCCCAAGCUAGAGGAGGAUAUAAAUGCUUACCCUAGAUUUCUCCAGGAUUUUGGUGGGAUGUCCUAUUGUGUCCAUCUUUUCCCCUUCCCUGCCUGUUUCUGGGACUUCAGAUUCAGUGGUCUGUUUCUGGAGAAGUUCU